AAGUAAUUUAGAAAAAAGCUCAGCGAUCGCACUGCAUGCAUUAACACACAACCACCCAUUAGGGUGGGAUAGGGUUAGAAUUCUAAGAAGUAAAAUAGGUAGGUGAAGAGAAAGGUUUAUUACUGAAUCCUUGUUCAUCGGAUCUACACCCAACACAUGCAACAAGAAUGACUCAUCACUCAUAUCGGAAAUAUGGAAAAUACUACUGCCAAUCAAGUCAGGCGAUGAAAAAUAAUGGAAUUACGUAAACGAAGGUAGAAAGUUGUGUGAAUACCUUGAUAUGAUUAUGAGCAAUAAAUUCUGCUCGAAACAUCAUCAGUAAAUAUUCCUGCAUAACACUGUGAGAUUUUAUCAAAUUAGGCUUUACCUAUAUUAGAUUUAUGUUGUUUUAUGAUUGACCGGUUCUAUGCUUUUAUCUUGGAGAAGUAGACUGACUCGGUGGCUUAUUGAAGGUUGCUAAAAGGGUGUUUGACCGCGUUGUUGGACAGUGUUAUUCGUGAGUGAAGAUGAAUGUAUCUUGAAAAAAGGAAUUUCUAACAGGUGAUCUAUCCCAUUCUUUAUUAGAAACCGAUGACGGUUAGACAUUUAUAAGAUAUAACUUUUUACAAGUUAACCUAUGAAAAAUAUAACCCUGUAAAAUGCUAAUUUUAUGAAACUUCCUACGAUUUAACUACUUUCCCAGAUAAAUUCCAACGACCCAUGAUGUGUUUGUUUCAAAAGCUGGUUCUAAAUUCAUGAUGGAUUUUUUUCACCUGGAUAAAGUCCGGUGUUCAACUCAAUCAGAUCACUGUUACGCAUUUGUGAACAAAGGUGUAGGUGAUGAGGAUGAAAAAAUAUUUAACUUGUCACCAUAUCACUCACAAGAAGAAAGUUUUUUAGACGUCGGUGGGCCUAGUACUGCAGAGUCCAUUGGAGAAAAUCUGUUUCAAAAUAUUCUUCAUGAUGCAUACACUUCUGAACCAGAGUUAAAUGAAAACAUUCAUCUUGAUCAACCUAAAGAUGUUUGUCAUACAUGGGUUCCGUGUGAAAAGAAGCAACUAUUAAAAAUCAUAUCAUCCUUAAGAAAAAUUAUAAGAGUUGAACACUUUUAUAGUUCUCAGUCUUCAGACAAUGAGCGUUUACAGUGUCAGAAGGAGCUUUGUGUUAAUCGAGCUGCCAAUAACUUGCGUAGAAUUUUAGCCGAACUUUCUUGGCAUGUCGAAAAAUGUUUCAGCCUUCAUUUGUGGUGUGUCAAAAAUCUUCCCCAAAAACUUUUAUCACUCUACGGCUUAGUUUAUUCUUUAUUAUGGCAAAAAAGCAAGGUCAAUCCAUUAUUGAAAGUUCUUAACUCAAUGCUACAAGAACGAUAUGCAGAUGAUACAGCCGUCGAUCAAUUCUUGUCCAGUUUACAUUUAUCUGACGAUGAUGUUGAUAAACCUAGGGAGACUACAAAACAAGAUUCAUUACAAUCGUCUUCAAAACCAACUGUUACUAAAUCUAUUCAUCCGAUAUCUUUUCAUCGGUCCACAUCAAAUGAUGAGAUAGUUCUAGUGUGCAUGACAUUCCCAGCACCUCGUGACAGCAGAAGACUACGCAAGUUACUCAAUUUACUCGGCGAAAUCGGACGAGUUAAUUUAGAAAAUCAAGAGGAACAGAUCUGUGAUAGUAUGAGACUUCGUAUUCGACUGUUCGUUCGACGUGUUAUCAGUGUGCUAGAUGAAUAUAAAAAUGAGUCUGUUUAUCUUGUUGGUUUUGGCGCGGGAACUCUGCUAAUGCUGUUGUCUACUGUGCACAUACUGUCUUUGGAUUCCCGUUUCGAUGGAAAUCGAGCAAGUAUAGGUGGAGUUAUUUGUCUUGGUGUACCAUUAUUUGGACUGAGGGGUAUGAGAGGGGAAAUGAAUGAUCCUCUUUUAUCUUUACCUUCCUUGCCAAUACUAUUUAUCUUGGGAGCUGGUAGUCGACUUGGUGGGUAUAAGGAGGCCUUAGAAUUCCGUAAAAAGUUAGUGGCAGCUCGACAAUCUCAAAUACUGUCUCGAAAUGGAGUUAAUUCAAUGAAUAUAGAAUAUGGUCAUAAAUCGAAAUAUCCAAUUAAUGGAUCUACUCAUGAUUAUUCAAUUGCAUCAACUUUUGAUUUACUAGUUGUAGGCGGUGCUGACUUUUUACUUCGAAUGCGACCGUCGGCAUGCAAACGUUGGUGUACUACACAAGAUAGAGUUGACUUUAGAAUAGUGAAAGCGAUCAAAAACUUCAUUCACAAGACGAAAAUGUUAUCAACAUCCUCCUCCUCUUCAAUGGAAUUUAUGUUGUCCCCAGCAGCGUCUUCUAGUGGGCGGCCACGAUUUGAUUUCAUUUCAACACAUCCAUUAUAAAAAUAAAGUACAAUCUCUCUUUCUCCCUAAUUCUUUCUAACUUUCAGACUGUAGCCAUACAUCUGUCGUAAAUGAAAAUAAUCUUGAGACUUAUUGAAUAUGUUAAAAUGCCUAAACUUAUCAUUCUUGUAAAUAAAAACAAUUCUGAAAUAAUAAUUGCAUCAUAUGAAAGUAUGGGUAAAAUGGGAUUUGAUUUCGUCAUCUACAGUAAUUAACACUUGAUUGGAUAGUGAGUUCAAUUCUUGGCGAAGUCAAAGUAUCAUAGCCAAAGUCAGGGUCUUUCCAAAGUUGACCUUCUCAUGAUUAUAAUGUAUUGGCUGUAAAUUUCUUCUUUAUGGUACCUCAUUGUUUAUUCCGAUCUUUUUAUUCUUGGUUUCCACAUUCGCGCAUUGUUCAUAUUCUUACCCGGAUAACUUCUGAUACAGCUUUGCUGUUGUGUUCUUAUUGACGCACAGUGACAGUCAAUUUGAUGACAUACAGUGUAAACACUUCACAAAUUGAGGUUUCAUAAUCCUAUGUAUUGUAUUUAUGUAUAAUAUAGUAUCGUAUCUAAGAC